AUGAAGGCGCUCCUGCUGCUGGCCCUGCCCUGGCUCAGCCCUGCCAAUUACAUUGACAACGUGGGCAGCCUGCACUUCCUGUGCUCAGAACUCUGCAAGGGUGUCUCCCAUUACGGCCUGACCAAGGACAGGAAGCGGCGCUCCCAAGAUGGCUGUUCCGACAGCUGCACAAGCCCCACCACUGGGGCACUCUCUGCCAAGGCCUCUGCGCCCACCAUUGCUGCUUCCUGUGACGCAGAGGAGCCCGGGCUGGAUAACCCCGCCUAUGUGCCCACAGUGGAGGAUGGGCCGCCAGGCAACAGCCAAGCCGACUCCGGCCACAGCAACCCAACCAGGGCACGGCCCUUGGAGCGGUCCACCCUCAGAAGAAGGUCCUUCAAGAAACUCAACCAUGCUUUGAGCGUUCUCCGGGGAGCAAGGAGCGUGGCCGGCCCGGCAGGCCAGGGUGGGGACAGUUCUGAAGAAAACGGAGGCCCUGAAGUCUUUCCAAGGCUGUACCACCUGAUUCCAGACGGGGAAGUGACCAGCAUCAAGAUCACCCGCACCCACCCCAGCGAGAGCCUGUCCAUGAGGCUUGUGGGGGGCGCAGAGACCCCGCUGGCACACAUGGUCAUCCAGCACGUCUACCGUGACGGCGUGAUCGCCAGGGACAGCCGGCUCCUGCCUGGGGACAUCAUCCUGAAGGUCAACGGCAUGGACAUCAGCAAUGUGCCCCACAACUACGCCGUGCGCCUCCUGCGCCGGCCCUGCCAGGUGCUGCGGCUGACCGUGCUGCGUGAGCAGAAGUUCCGGGCCAGGAACCACAGCCCAGCCCUGGACACCCGCGGAGCCGCGGGGGAUGACCAUGAUGACGACAGCUUCCAGGUGAUCCUCACCAAGAGCAGCCCCGAUGAGCCACUGGGGAUCAAGCUGGUGCGCAAGGCGGACGAGCCUGGGGUAUUUGUCUUCAACGUGCUGGACGGCGGCCUGGCUCAUCGCCAUGGGCAGUUGCGGGAGAACGACCGUAUCCUGGCCGUCAAUGGACAUGACCUUCGCCACGGCAGUCCUGAGAGCGCAGCUCAUCUCAUUCAGGCCAGCGAAAGGCGUGUCCAGCUCACGGUGUCCCGCCAGGGACGGCAGCAGAGCCCCGAUAUGAGCCAGGAGGCUGGCUGGAGUGGCACCGUUCGGGGCCCAGGACCUGGCGACAGGACCAGUGCUCACAAGCCUCUCCAUUCUGUAGCCACCUGCCGUGAGAAGGUGAUCAGCGUCCACAAAGACCCCAACGAGUCCCUCGGCAUGACGGUGGCAGGUGGAGCAUCACACAGGGAAUGGGACUUGCCCAUCUAUGUCAUCAGCGUUGAGCCUGGAGGAGUCCUAAGCAGAGACGGAAGAAUAAAAACAGGUGACAUCCUGUUGAAUGUGAAUGGCACGGAGCUCACUGAGGUCAGCCGUAGCGAGGCUGUGGCCCUGCUGAAAGGCACAUCGUCCUCAGUGGUCCUGAAGGUCUUGGAAGUCACAAAUCCUGAGCCCCAGGGAGACCUGGGCAGCACCUGGGAGGCCCUGGACUGCGACCCCGACGAGGCAGCCCCAUCUGGUGAAUGGGCCCCAUCCUGGGUCAUGUGGCUGGAACUGCCAAGGCACCUGUGUAACUGCAAAGACGUCGUGCUGCGGAGGAAUGCGGCGGGCAGCCUCGGCUUCUGCAUCGUGGGCGGCUAUGAGGAACACAGCGGGCACAAGCCUUUCUUCAUCAAAUCCCUCGUGGAAGGCACACCAGCGUACAAUGACGGAAGAAUUAGGUGUGGCGACAUUCUCCUCGCGGUCAACGGCAGAAGUACCUCGGGAAUGACGCACACCUGCUUGGCCCGGAUGCUCAAAGAACUAAAAGGAAGAAUCACUCUCACUCUGGCUUCCUGGCCUGGCACUUUUUUGUAG